AUGGCGGCACGGCACGCCCGGGCCGCGAUCCUGGUUGUGGCGGCCCUCCUGUGCGGCAGUGCCUCGGCCUUGGUCGUGUACGAAGCUGACUAUAUUCUCGAUGACCCCAUGGUCUGGACGCCGCAAAACUCACCCUACGUCAUCGAAGGCAACUUUUUCAUCGAAAGCAACGGGUAUCUGCGCAUCACGGCCGGUGUCGAGGUCAUCACCCGCCCAGACGCUUACAUCAACGUCAAGAACAUUUUGCAGAUCGAAGGCAUACAGGGGCUGCCCGUGCGCUUCCAUCCCAACACCUCCACCACCACGGUGGGUCAGUGGCGUGGCGUCAUCUUCACUACGGGAGCCAAGCCCUACGUCCCCGACACCACGGGCGCUGCACGUGGCUGCCUUUUGGAACAUGUCACGUUUGAUAACCCGGGACGCUCCGCCACGCCGGCCAUCAACGUUCAAGGCUCUGCCCCUCGAAUGCUUGGCCUCACCGUCAACCACGCCCAGGAUCAUGGUGUGUACAUUGCCAACUCGGUCGAAUCCUUUGACAUCGAAAACAGCACCUUUUACAACAACUACCGUGCCCUCGAUUUGCAAACCAGCACCUCGUGCCGCACUAGCCCCUGCUCCCUUUCUGGUAUUACCGUUGAAAACGAUCGUGAGUACGGCAUGUACCUGUCUGGCCUCUCCGGCAGCAGCACACUCACCGUUCGUGACAGCGCCUUUAUCAACACACAGUCCAAUCUGUACGCCUACACCACCUACGGCUCCCUCUCCUUCAUCAACACCCUCUUUGACGGUCGGGGUGUUCGUUCACGGGGCCUUUUCGUCUACUACGGCGGUGUUCGUCUCGAAAAUUGUACUUUCACUGGCUUCACCUCGUGGGCCGUGUCACAACAGUACAGCACCACCGCCCCUUUUCAGGCGCGCUACAACCACUUUGUCGACACGGCCUACGGUCUCGAAUACACACCUCGCUCGGGCUACAGCUCUCAAUCCGUUUUCUCACAUAACACCUUCCAGCGCCUCACCGAGCAAGCCCUGAGUCUGUCCGUCUGCGCCCCCGCCGAUGACCGCCUUGAAAUCCGUCACAACAUGAUUCGCGACUCCAGCUUUACUGCUGCCCAAGCCAUAUCGAUCACCGAGACUUGCAGCGCAACCAACUCUUCCUUGCCUUUUGAGAACAAUCGCAUUGUCAAUUGUACCAUCAUUCAAGAGGUAAAGCACGAACAAGAACUUGCAAAAAUCGUAUCUCUGUGCGCCCUCACCUUGCCCGCUCGCCCCAUUCGCCCCUUGCUCCUGACCGGUCUGUCUGCAUUUGCCUUGACCCAUCACCAGCUCCUGCGAGUUCAACCAAGUGCCGCAACCUCCAUGACCCUGCGACACAAUUCUUUCGAGGACAUUACAUCGACCUCCAGUGCUUCAACUGCCCUAGCAGUACAGUGGGCCCCUCAAGCUGAUGACAACAUAGAGAUUACAUAUAAUCGCUUUGUUAAUGUCUCGCUGCCCACCUAUUUUUACCUCUUCGGCUCGGGCGUGGCUGCCCUUCGAACAAGCGCACGCUUUCAGCUGGGCGUCAACUUUAUGAACAACAUCAACAACAUUGAUGCCUUCCGUUCACGUGUCCUCGAUCGCCGCACUGAUAUAUACGGAGCCUAUGUUGAGUCCUUUGCCAUCCUUUUGGCAGAUCCGCAAGACUGCCAAGCCCUCGACACUUGUUCGGCCCUUCCCACCGCCAUGGACACCCGUCCCUUUCUACAGGACAACGUGCUGCAUGGCAUCCUCCGGAACGAUCUCACCCUCUCGCCUGAUACAACCUAUGAACUGAACGAAGCCAUCUUGAUUCAGUCCAAUGUUACACUUACCAUCCCUGAGGGUGUGCGCAUCGACGCAGGAGUCAAUGGCAUGAUUCUCGUCGCGGGGCAGUUGAACAUCCGAGGCACGGCGACCAAGCCCGUGGUCAUGACUUCAAGCGCAACUCGUUUGGCGGCUGGCACCUUUCUUGACUGCGUCACCUACACGGCCGGCGCGGACAUCUCACAAGUUACCGGCACCAUGACCACAUCGGCGCAUUGCACCAACCUCUGCCGUCGCGCUCGCCAAGCAUACGCGAGCGUUCAGAACAGCAAUCGCUGCAUCUGUGCCAACGUCCAUGCAGCGGACCAGUCGCGCUCUGAUUGUACUUACAGAUGCCAGGGUGAUAACAAUGAGUUUUGCGGUGGCUACAGUUCCAUGCGCACUUAUGCGACAGGUGAACCACUUGCUUGGCGGGGCAUUGUCUUCCUCUCGGAUGCCAAAUCGGCCAGUGUAGCCCACCUCGAUAUUUCGUACACUGGUGGCACCGUCUACAACCUGGCUGCCAUUCGCUCGUACGCUGCCACCGCAAUUAACCUGACUGCCUCCACCUUUCACGACAUGCGAGGCCCCGCCCUGCAACUGGAUGGCACUGUUGCGCAGCGCAACGUGUGGACCAAUCUCACGUUCUCCAACAUUGCCCACCACGCAAUCCACUUGACGAACCAGGCGUGUCGGGAAGGGUGCAGCUUGGAACACGUGCACGGCAAUAACAUCAGCCUGGCCUUGGUCUACACUAGCUUCGACACAUCCGGGACUGCAGAUAGCACCGUGAGCAUGAACCAUGUCACCAUGGACACUGUUGGUGGUGGUCGGCUCUGGGGCUUUGGCUCAACGUCGGCCGCCUUGAGCAUCACUCGUGCUCGUGACUUUCAGUACGACAACGGCCAAGCAACUCGCACCUACGCAUCAGCCAUUGCCACCAGCUACAGUGCGGCGAACAUCACCCGCUCCGUUUUCACCGAGUGUGGCAAGGAAAGCGGCAACUUUGCCGUCUACCUGGAUGACUUUUCCCCUUACACCCAGCUCGCUCAAGUGACAGACAAUGUGUUUCGUGACAACGUCGGGGCUCUAUUUAUGCAAAACCUGUACAACUAUUACCACCGCAUGCUUGUAGCACACAAUGAGUUUACCGCCAACGGUGGCACCUAUGUGCUCGACCUGUCUCUAACUGGUCGUUUCCGCAAUACUUUCGAGCACACUCAGAUUGAAGUUCGCGACAACAUCAUUGCCAACAACACGGCAACGCAAAGCAUCAUCAACCUCGCCUGCACAAAUGUAUACUCGUCGUCAGUUCUGUCCUUUGCUGGCAAUUCCAUCCGCAACAACACGGCCGUGGAUGCCAUUUUUAGCCUCUCCACCUCGAGCAACAUGCGUCCCGAGGUCGUCGCCAACGAGAUUGUGGAAAAUUCGGCUGCCGUGGGCAUUCGUUUGGCUCAGAGCGGUGCCGUGGCUGGCCGCCGACCCCAGCUCUGGCAUAACCGGUUUGCUAACCUGCUCAGCACGGGCUACGAACUUGAAACUUCCAUCGCUGAUGCACAGCUUCCCAUUAAUGCCAGCCUCAACUAUUGGAACACCAUUCAACUUCGCAGGGUCAAUGACAAGGUCUAUGAUCUUUUGGACAGCGGCAAUCUAGAGCUGGUGAGCGUCCAGCCAUUUCUAGAUGCCCUUGGUCAAGUCGUCGUGAUCGCUGCCGAGGACGAGCUGUUACAAGCUGAUGGCAGUCUGUCGGGCCUCCUCUCGCAAGACUGGACCAUUCCCGCCAACUCAACCUUUGUUGUUUCCGGCAUGAUUGUGGUCCAAGCCGACGUCGUGCUGCGGGUUGAAGAGGGUGUGACCAUGCACUUCACCGAGGCGGGUGGUCUCAAGGUACAGGGUGCGUUACAGGUCCUGGGCACUGAGGCCAACCGGGUCGUUUUUACUCAUGCCAACGUCUCACGCGCUGCGGCCUUGAGCAAUGCGCUACCCGCCUUCCAACCAACCUACAUUGGCUGCUUGCCCGAUGCUGACUUUGACAUGUUCCUGCCCAUCACACUCUCCCGGCGCACUGCCGACGCCUGCGUGGCUGCCUGCUAUGCGGCCGGCUUCCCCGUGGCCGGCGCGCGCCGUAGCUCGCAAUGCUAUUGUGGCCGUGGUUGGUCGGAUCCGACUGCUGCUGUCAGCGAUGGCACCUGCUCGUACCAGUGCACGGACAAUAGCACGCAGCGCUGUGGUCAAUACUACUACUCCUCGGUCUAUGCCACGGGCCUUCCAAAGCGCUGGCAGCAAGUUGAUUUUGCCGACAAUGCAGCCGGCUCUUUUAUGGACGGCAACAGCUUUAUCAAUGGGUCCUUUGUAAACCACCUUCAUGUCUCGUACACAGGUCUCACUGCGCUGGCCGUCAACGGUGCUGGCGUGGCCAUGCACCAUGUGGAUGUACACGCUUCAGCCGGGAACUGCGUUGCUUUUUCGGGGGAUUCACAAGGCACACCUGUGGAUCUACGCAAUUUGACUCUGACGCGAUGCUCAUCAUAUGGGCUGGUCAUGAGCAGCAACGCCUUGGAAGACGGCGGUGUGCUUGACGGCAUUACAGCCCGGCACGUGGGGAACAACGGUCUGCGCCUGCGCGACAAGAACAGCAACACACACCGCCUUAGUGUUCGCAAUGUUCUGGUUGAGGACGGCGCGAGUACCGGCGUGUACCUCUAUACAAUCUACAACCUUGAAGUGCAAGACAUUGUUGUACGCCGCACUGCCGGGCACGGCAUCUAUGGCUAUGAUUUGGGCCCGUUUGACUUGAUGCGCGUCCACAUCGUGGACGCUCAGGGUGCGAGCAACAACUACGGUGUGUUUAUGGAAGACAUGCAAUCAGCUUCUCAAAUGUUCUCCAAUGUCCGUGUGUUCAACAGCCAGGGAGGCCUGUACUUGUCCCCGAGGUAUGGAUUCUCCAAUCAUAUUGUCGUAUCCAAUCUCGUCGUGGACAAUUGCACUGGCGACAAGGGCUACUACUUUGAUUCGACCCGCAUUUACGGUGGUACUUUCCGAUUCGAAGACAGCACCAUCGCCAACAGCACCUUGAUCAAUGCGCUGCACAUCGACAUUAGGUAUCAGAAUAACCAGCAGCACUCCUACACCCGCAAUCGCAUCGAGCACAACACUUUGAGCGACAGCGUUGUUCGACUGGAGAAAACGAACUACAAUGGUGGCAUUCAGUUCAAUCUAACUCACAGCGUACUGCGCAACAACUCGGCGCCAUAUGGCAUUUAUCUACCACAACCAACGACAUCCUCAGGUGGCAUACAGAGGCCUGAUUUCUUUUACAAUGUUUUUGACAACAAUGUUGAGUAUGAACUGUACACCACCAUUACGGACGCCAACAUCCCGGUCAACGCAACCCACAACUAUUGGGGGACGGACAUUGAGUAUGAAAUUGUGGUGGACAAGUUGCACGAUAUCAGUGACGACAGCAACUAUGAACGCAUCAUCUAUUUUCCCUAUUUCGUGGAUGCCGCGCUUGACAGCUUGAUAGAUUUGGAUGCACAACGCCUUACAAUUGUUCUGCCGGAUGGUUCUCUUGGCGGCGUGGUCACGGGUCAUGAGAUUCUGUCCAGCGCACGUGCUACCAAUGGCACUUUUUACGUCAACUCGUCUCUGGUCGUCAUGGAAGGCGCCAUUCUCGAGAUUGAGCCGGGACUGCGCUUUGUGCUUCGCCCGGACGUUGCCAUCAAUGUCAAGGGCACCAUUAUCAGCCAUGGCACGACGAGCAAUCCCAUUGAGUUUACGUGCGACCCCGCCUCUGCUUUUGCUCCAAUGCAAGCUCUGGGCUGCACGGGCUCGUCGAGUACCAGCACGUAUCCUUGGUACCGCGACUCGACGAGCAUGACUCACGAGAGCUGUGUCAACUUUUGCGCAGCACGUGGUCACGCUGUCGCAUAUGUGCAGAGAGCAUACGAUUGCUUCUGCAGCAAUGGCGCGCCCGCCGACCUGAGUGACUCGCUGAGCGCCUGCACCAGCACCAGCUACCGCUGCCGGGGUAAUUCCUCGCAGUUUUGCGGUGCCUAUAGUGCUGGCUUGGUAUUGGGUACGGGUGUGUGCCAACACUGGGGAUCGUUGACCUUUGAUGCCGCGAGUCAAGGCACGGAACUUCACCCAGACUUCUCUUACAAGAGUGGCAACAUCCUCAAGCACACUCGACUGUCCUAUGGCGGCAAUGCGGUGGCCCCUUUUUCCGCUACGGUCAUUGUAGAGGGUGACACGGUGCUGAUGGAGGAUGUUGAGGUCGUCUACUCGGGAUCGCACGGCAUUGCACUCCAGCCAAGCAAUGCUCAGGUGCGACCAAGCGUUCUAAACCGCCUCAACAUGACGCUCAACCAGGGUCAUGGUCUCUCGGUCACGGCUCGGGCUUGCGAGGUGGCUUGUGAAUUUGAGGACAUUGAUGCACGGCUCAACCGAUACAACGGCUUGUACAUUGACGCCUCCGGCUUCAACUCACCCAUCUCACUGAAUGGAGCCAACUUCAUUUCCAAUGGAUGGAAUGCCAUCCACAAGGAUGUGUCACAGGGUAACUCAACCGCUGCAGGCGAGGCUGGUCUGCGUUUGAAUUGCCACUCUAGCUCAAGUGUGCCAGUAGCGAUGGCUCGGCUUGUGGCUCAGCAAAACUAUGGCGCUGGUAUCUACUUUCAAAGCUGUCUUUUUCACCUGCUGGACAGUGACGUCCAGGAGAAUGGUGAUCACGACAAUGACUAUGCCAUUUAUGCCGAGUCCCCGGCGCCGGGCACCAUCAUCUCCCGCAACAACGUCAGCCACAGUAAUGGUGGCAUUUAUAUCACCAACGCACGAGAGUUGACUGUUGCAGACAACGAGCUCAUGCAACUUCAAGGUACACAUGCGCUGUAUCUCUCUGUGCAUUACAACUUCUACAGUGCCACCAUUCGAAUCACUGGAAAUACACUGCAGAACAAUGACGUCUCCCAUGUGGCAUACAUCUCCGGCUCGUGGCGCACCUCAUAUGCGGCUACGCUGGAGAUUAGCAACAAUGAUAUCUUGGACAAUAUUGCUUCAGACAGCAUUGUGUACCUCUCCGGAUACGGUGGCUGGCCGGUCAUCUCCACACACCAGUAUGCAUUCACGGGCAACCGCGUCUUGGGCAACCGCAUCGAUGACAUUCGCAAGGGCGCCCUGCAAAUCGAUGGAUACACCCCCAAAGUCGACUACAACUUCUUGGUCAAUCCAGACCUUCUGACCGAGAUCAUCAGCGCUGUACGAUGCACAUCCGGUUGCUCGAGCAACUGUCCCUCACAAUGUGCAGGCAAUCUGACCGCCACGGACAACUGGUGGGGCUCAGCAGACCCCGCCUUUGUCUCGACCCGAGUCGUGGAUGCAAGAGAUGACACACAAUUCCCCUUCAUUAUCACCACCCCGCAUCUGACCUCAGCUUCUUUUGACUGCUCGGCCGUUAACAACUGCUCGGGCCACGGCACGUGCAGCCGCCCACAAAUGUGUACCUGCGACUCAGGUUAUACGGGCACGGACUGCUCGAAUUUCACCUGCACGGACGUGUUUGGCUGCAAUGCGAACAACGCAGGCGGUGUGUGCAUUGGACCCAACACUUGCAAUUGCACCGAGUCCUGGGAGUCAGCCUACUGCACCACGCCAAUUUGCCGCCAGAGCUGUGAGCAGGGCAUCUGUGUUCGCCCUGACCAGUGCCAGUGCAUUCAAGGAUGGGCCGGGAAUCGCUGUGACGAGUGCGCGCCUGACUACGCCGGCAACCGCUGCAAUAUCCGCUGCCCCGCGUGUGCCAACGGUGGUCAUUGCUUGGAUGGACGCAAUGGGACAGGCCAGUGCGUGUGCCCUGCCCCAUUCACAGGCUUGUCAUGCACCAAUUGCCUCGAGGGCUUUUUUGGGACGAGUUGUGGGGCUCUGCCGGCCACCCGAGCGGUGGUUCCAGCGUUCGGCUUGGAUGUGGGUGGGUACACAGUGGCAGUCCGAGGGUACAACUUGUCGCCCUUUGACAACCACAUGGUGCGAUGGGGCCCUGGGACGUCUCGAGACCGGGCCUGCACCUUUGAAGCCACUGAUCGCUUGCUGUGCGAGGUGGCGCCCAGCCCGAGUGGCGCCACAGAUCUGACUAGUGUGACCGUGACGCUCUACAUCAACGGUUCGCUUGUCCAGUAUGGUAAUUCCCUUACCUUUCAAUAUCAAGCUGUCUGCCCCGAUGAUGCAUGCGUUCAUGGCACUUGUUUCCAGCGACAAUGCGCUUGCUUGCUUGGCUGGAGCGGCGCCAACUGCUCUAUUCCUGUUCUGGCGCCCGUGUUGGUGCCGGUGACCCGCGUGACUCUGCGCGAAGGCGAAGUCGUCUAUGAAACACCGUUCAGCGUGUCCACAGGCACGUCUCCUCUGUUUUGGCGCAUGACCGGCGCACCUUCCGGUCUCACGCUGGGAAGCUCGUCAGCGGCUUUGUCGUGGAACAAAGCUGUGGCGCGUGCUGAUCCCUAUGGCGUGCGCGUUUAUGUGCGCAAUUCCAUCGCUGAGGUCUUCAUGGACGUUCUCAUCGAUGUCCCGCUACAAUACGCCGCCUCGGGGGACGUCGUCGAUGUGGGUGGUCAAGUUGUAUCUGGUGGUCCUCAACAACUGGAGGUCAAACCAGGAAGCUACGUGCAAGUUCGUGGAUCACUUACACCCACCUUCAACGAUAGCGCAGUAGGUGGCCAGGCUGUCUCAAUCUGGCUGCUGCGCCAAGGUUUCACACCGCAAGAAGUGGUGGUCAACAGCAUUUUCAACGGAGUCUUCAGCUACUAUUGGACUUUUUCGCAGAACCAGGCCGGACGUUUUUUCCUGGGUACCACCCACCCAGCCAACCGACUGCGCUCCGAAAUGCAGAGCACGGGCUACUCGCUUGUGUUCCACAACCUGCGUAUCACCAGUGGUAUCUCUAUUUCAGGUUACCCGGGCCUGAAAAUGGGACGCGGGCGCAUCGAGAAUCUUGGGGAUUUGCCGUUGACGAACUUGACCUACCGCUUGCCCGAGGGCCUUCCAGCAGUGCUGGCAAACAUGACCGUGACGUUCGAGUCCGCACAGCUAGCUGCGCGUAGCUCAAUGAACGUUGACAUCUCGUGCCAUGCUCCGGGGCCCUUUUUUUCAGCUAGUUUUUACAUCGUUAUUCAGACACAGGAAACGGGCAGUCGCGAGUUUGGGCUGUACACAACCAUAACCGUGCGCGAUCCAGAACCUCGCCUUGAGUUGAGCCCUUCGCGACUGGCUGUGGACAUGACACGUGGGGAACAGCAAACCUUCGCCAUCACCGUCAGCAACACGGGUGGUGCGGCUACUGGCCCUUUAAGUGUGCGGCUCGCACAGAAUGCGGUCGUGUCCUUAGGCUCGCCCCCGGCCAUUAGCAACAUUGCACCUGGCAACUCAACCUCCUUUAAUGUCGUUGUCUACCCUAGCCUCUAUCAGCCCAUCGGACGCAUUGGCGGCACCCUAGUUGUAUCCAACAGCCUUGUGAGCAAAACGCUGAGCUAUGACGUCAACAUCAUUAGCUCCUCAGUGGGUAAUCUGACCAUCGUGUGCGAGGAUGAGUUUACCUUUUUUGACCCAGCUGAGCCACGCCUCGAGGGUGCGUAUGUACGAAUUACCAGUACCGACGGCCGCAUCAACACAUAUGGCUACACGGAUGGAAAUGGUACCAUUGUGUUUCCUGAUAUCCCGGAAGCUUACUACAACAUUCGCGUAACGGCAUCUGGACACGCGCCCCAUGCUGAAACCGUGCGUCUAGUGCCGGCGGGCCGCACGGUGCGAGCUUUCCUUGCGCGUCAAGCCGUGUCCUACACGUGGUCGGUGACUCCUGUCACCAUCACUGAAUCAUACAAAUUUACGGUCGAAGCGACUUUUGUCACCCGAGUGCCCAUGCCAGUGGUGACGGUUGAACCCAUUGUUGUGGACCUCACGGCUCUUGAGCUUGAAGCAACCGAGCUUGGUGUGACCUACUACAACUACGUUGUUACGAACCACGGCCUCAUUCGCGCCAACGACUUCAACCUUGUGCUACCGGCCGGCCACCCCUACCUCGAGUUCAGCUACCCCACGCCGAUUGGUGGUAUUGAGGCCAACACCUCGGUGGUCGUACCCGUCACCGUGACCUACGUCGGGGAUGCUCAUACUUUCAUUGGCCUCACCUUUUCGGGUGGCGCCCCUUGUUUUUCAUCGGGUGAUGGACGAGGCUAUGGUCACUUGUGGUUGGGUGGCAAUGGCGGUGGCUCGAGUUCAUCGCGCCGCACCGGCGAGCCCAAUCCGGGGAGCUAUGCAGUCGUUCCUUCAAAUACGAAGACGUUGUCCUUCUGCGACCCCUGCGUCAAAUCCCUUCUGGAGUGCCUCAUUGGCUUCGUACCUGGUGCAGGCUGCGCUUACGCUUGUGGUGAAGGUGCCUCGGCUGCCCCUGGACGCUCACGCUGGGGCAAUUUGUAUGGCGUGUCCAACUGCGUGCUGGCUUGUUUGGGGGGGCCUGUGGCCAGUGCUGCCAUGUGUCUCUGGACCGUGGGCCGUGACUGUCUUGGCCUGCCCUUGCCCGCAACGCCAUCGCGCCGUCGCCGCGCAACCUCACCCUUGGUGCAAGCCCGUAUGGAGCAGACUGUUGCGCUGAGCGAAGCGUACCGAAAUCAAUUGUCCAUUUUUGCCCUCAUCUACUCGGGCCCAUUGUAUUUCACAACCGCUGAUGGCCUCACACUCAAUGAAGAUGCCAACAAGUGGUUGAGCCUUAACGACAAGGAGUGGCAAACCCGCGUGGGUGCCUUCUGGGCGGAUACCUCGGACGGUGGCAUCAUGUUAACCCCAGCCGAAUGCCGCAACCUGACUGAUGCGCCCCCGGCCACUUUCUCGGUUGAAGGCGUUCUCAGUGCUGAAGCAGUCGCACACUUUUGCGCACGGUGGAACAACACACAAGUUUAUUUCGACCAAGGCAUCACCUCCAUGGCCGAUGUACCCGAGGGUUGGGAUACCAACUUCAUUCCCCAUGAUGAAUACUAUGCGCGCUGGCAGCAACUCCAAGCCGAUUACAGCAAGCUGCCACACAAUCCUGAUGGAACGGCCAGCUUUGACGAUCAAAUGUAUCGUAGCUACAUUGCCACCGAGGACGCGGCCCUUGAAGAUGAGGUAGGCAAGUGCGUGGAGGUGCGUGUUCGAAUUGAACAGGAAAUGACGCUCACGCGCACAGCCUUUGAAGGCUCACUUGAGCUUACCAACGAUGCCGAGGACCCGCUGGAGAACAUUCGUGUUGUCCUUUACAUGCUGCCUCAUGAAGAACGCAAUGUCAGCCGCAAUGUGACACAUCUCUUUGUCAUUGGUCAGCCGAGCCCCGUUUUUGCUGGAGGCGUUAAUGGCAAUGGCACGGUGCCUGGUGCAAGCUCGGGCAAGGCCACGUGGCUCUUCAUGGCGUUGCGUGACGCCGCCCCGACUGAAGCGGUGCUUUACGAUGUAGGGGGCGAAAUCACAUAUACUGUGCGUGGUACAGAGUUUCGCAUCACCAUGUAUCCAGAUACCAUCACCGUCUAUCCGGACCCGCGUCUGCAGAUCAAAUACUUUUGGGAUAGCAUCGUGUAUUCUGACGAUCCUUUCACAGAGGAAGUUGAGCCGGCCAUUCCAUUUAGUCUGGCAGUCAUGAUUCAUAACGACGGAGCGGGCACAGCGCGGGACAUGCAAAUUGUCUCUGGCCAGCCCGAAAUUAUUGAAAACAAGGAUGGCCUUCUGGUCAGUUUCACCAUUGUGCGGUCUCGCCUCAACUAUGAGGAGAUUUCAACUUCGUUGAGCGUGACGGUUGGUGAGGUGGCACCAUACAGCAGCUCGGUGGUGCGCUGGGAUAUGGUGUGCCCCUUGCAAGGCCAAUUCAAGGACUUCAAUGCCACCAUGGAGUACGAAAGCCCCCUGGGAGACCAGCGUCUUUCUAUUGUGGACAAUGUAACCAUCUAUCCUCUUGUUCGAAUUGUGAGGUUUGAAGCAGAGAACGACGACGUGCCCGACUUUUUGACAGAUGAUUUUCUUGGAGAUGCCAUCCCAGACACGCUGCACAGCAGCUAUGAUAAUAACGAGUACCCGCUGUGGACGUUUGUGGACCAUUCUGCCGUCAACGUUUCGGGCCGCGUCGCCAAUCCCCAAGGUGGUUUUUCAAUCACAGUCAUGGUUCCCAUCACCAACGCUCCUACCUACGUUCGCAUCGACGACCCAGUAGAAGAUACGGUGCGCCUCUCAUCAGUGCAACGUCUUGCCGACGGCUCGGGGGGCACGCUGCCCGGCGAGAACGUUUGGCGCACAUACCGCGUCAAACGAUCCGCCUCAAAGGUCACGCCGCUGGAUUACCUGCACCUCUUUGAUCACGCGUCAGCGGGUGUAUAUGUUUUGAACUUUGACGACUUGGCCCCCGUUUCACAGCUUACCGUGAUUGAUGUCAGCGAGUCUGACGCCACGAUUUUGUGGCUGCCAUCGAUUGGUGCCAACACGUACCGCAUCACGGCUCGCCAAGCAGGAGCAGGGCAGGCAUUUGCACCAACCUCAAACAACAGCGUCACAACUGCGGAGAGCUUUACGGUUGAGGCGCUGCAACCAGCAACCACAUACGAGGUCCGCGUACAGGCGGGUGUGGAUGGUCAAUUCGAGGCGGCCGGUCAGACGGUGCAACUCCUGACGCCUGGAACGCGGCCCUCCACCACGCCUGAAGCCACAGCCACACCAACACCAACUGUCACCUCCACGCAGACGGCGAGGAGCACGAGCACCGAUGGCCCUGGUAGCACGGGAGGACACAUUAGCUCGACGACGAGCCACACCAACGCUGUGGGCUCGACCACUUCGGUAGUUGGUGGUUCAACGCCCCACGGUGCGAGCACGUCGACCCCUGUGCCUGCCUCGACCACAGUAGCCACUUCAACCACGAUGGCGUGGGCAUCCAUCACGCUCGACUACGACAUUGCCGCAACAGCCAAUCGCUCCCUGCUCAACGAUACAGCCGCCAUGCGCUCGCUCAUUGCGGAGCACCUAGCCAAACUUGAUGGCUGGUCUACACUCGAUGCCUACGAAAUCGUCGUCUCCCCCCUUGGUGGGGGCGUCUCAUUUUAUCGCAUUCAAGUCCGCUUUCGUGGCGCAGGGGCCGCCACGCUGGAAUCUGAGCUGGAAGAAGAGGGCUUGGAGCUCAGCGAGCUUGGGCUGGCGUCGACUGGCCACACCCCAUCAACCACACAAGCUGCCAACGAGGCCUCUUCGGAUGACAGCAACACUGGCAUUGUAGUGGGUGUGGUGGUUGCUAUUGUCGUAGUACUGAUUGCUGUUAUCGCGUUUUUCGUCCAUCGAGCUCGCUCCGGGCCACACAAAUCGGCCACGAAGCUUGGAGACAGCAACACCAAUGAGUACGCCAAUCCGGUGUAUGCGUCCAACAUGCAACUGGAGAAUAUGUCUGAACCGCCCCUGACGCGCACACCGUCGGUGGUUCUCCGCGGCUACGACGGCCCACUGAUGUAUAGCUGUUUGAUCAAGACAGAACAAUCAAGUGGCAACGCACGUGACGGCUCGGGGCAAAAAUUACAUAGGCCCGUCACACUGGCUGUUGUCAUACCCACCAUGUCUUGCGCGUUCUGA